CAUGACCUCAGUCGAAUGAUUGUUCUCCGAGUCCAAGUUAUAUUGAAAACAUAAAAUAGGCGUAAGAGUUCAAUGGCUUUUUCCAAGAGUUUUAGAUUUGACUAAUGAAUUUCCUCAUUUCCACAAUAUGAGAACCGACAACUGAUUGAAGUAAUUGAAACAUUAAAAAAACAUCAUGGCAUCGUCAAGUCUUUUCAUUCUCUGCUUUUUGACUGUGGCAUCGACUUGUCAUUCAUCUGAGAGGUCAGGACUUAAGACAACCACUACAACAGUGAACAUUGCCUCAGAAGCCGAAGCAGAGCAUCUCUGGUAUAAAUGGACAUUGAAAAAUAUCAUGCUGCUUGCAACACGUGACGGCUGUAUCGACUCACCAUUAUUCCGGACAAAAAACGAGAGCAUCAAAUUCAAACUGCGAUUCUGCUUCUUGCGGAAGGGAUCGCUGCAAAUUGUUCCAUACGUCGAGGUACCUGAACACAGCACCUUUGAAAUAGACAGUGAACUAAAAAUAUUUAACGGCAGUAACUGGAAUGUCAUUGCUAACAGAACGACUCAGAAGAUGCGUGUGGAUCGACAUUCGCCGACAUUUCAAUACUCACAGCUGCUGAGGGGUUUAAAUGAAGAACUCAAUUUCGACUCGACCAUCAUCAUCAUUUGCAGCAUUGACAUGCCACUGAGAGUGGUUUCUAGAGUAAUCGCUGAGACAAGCAUUGAAGGAUCGAAAGUCGAAGGAAAUCCCUGCAAUGCGGAAAAAAGUCAACUCAGUCAAGACUUCGGUCGACUUCUGCAUAACAAGAAUUUCACUGAUGUCGUGAUUGCCGCAGGAAGUCACAGAUUUCCGGCACAUAAAGGAGUACUGGCGAUUCGGAGUCCAGUACUCGCCGGUUUGAUAGAAAAUGCCAGUUCUCCAGAUGGAAUUAGCUUGCCGAUGUUGAGGAGCCAGCAUUUGGAGUACCUGGAGCCGGUGGUGGUGGAGGCCAUGCUGGAGUAUAUCUACACCGAUAAAAUUUGCAAUCUGACUGAUCUUUCCGUAACGUACGGACUGUUAGGAGUUGCUGACGGGUUCAAGAUGCCUGGUUUGAAACCCAUCUGUGAAAAUUAUCUGCGUGAGAAACUUAAUGUUGAUAACGCUGUAGGUACUUUGGUGCGGGCUGACCAAUAUGGACUGGACAGACUGAAAAAAUAUAUUGUCGGAUUCAUCACGGAUCAUUUCAAAGAUAUCAUUAAGACGAGUGGUUAUAAAAAAUUGGAACAAGAGGCUCCUGGUCUUCUAGACAAAAUACUAUCACCGUACGAUGAUUUUCGCCAUUGAAAAUUGAAAUUUUUGAUGAAAAAAUUAUUUAUAAUCUUAUAUUUUUUCCAGUUUCAGGACAAAAAUGUAAUGACCAUUGUAUUC